AUGCCUGUUACAGACUAUAAAAUGACUGAUGAGAAGGGACCCUUAAAUUACAGCACUGAGAAGAAGAAAACUCUAAGAGAUGUUGGUCUUUUCUCCUCAACAUGCUUAGUGAAAAAAAAUCGGGUGAUACUCUAUUUGCUUCUGGUGGAGCUAUGUGAGAGAUUCACUUUCUUUGAAGUUGUCAGCAAUAUGAUUCCCUUUUGCACUAUCAAGCUUGGCUAUCGAAAUCACCAGGCUGCCAUUUUGAAUUUAUGUUUUAUUGGAACUUCACUACUCACUCCUGUGUUUGCAGGAUGGCUUGCUGAUGUCUGUUUCAGAAGAAAUAGGCUGAUCUGUAUCUGCUUAUUCCUACACUUUCUAGGUACUGUUUUGCUCUCUGUGGUUGUUUUUCCCUCUGAAGAUUUCUUUGUUGGCUCUUACCAUGUAAUUAACAGCAUAACUAAGAAGGAGCAGAAGGAAUUGUUUUACUUAGCUUUGUUGACCAUCUGCCUCGGCACAGGAGGGAUAAGAGCCAUGGUUUGUCCACUGGGUGCUUACCGUCUCCAGGAGAAAGGAUUGAAGUUACAAAUGUCAUUUUUUAACUGGUUUUAUUGGCUUAUGAAUCUAAAUGCAGCCGUUGUCUUUCUGGGAAUAUCUUAUAUCCAACACACAGGAGCCUGGGUCUUUGUUUUCCUGAUUCCUUUAAUGUCUACACUUAUGGCUCUGUCAACUCUCCAUAUGAUGUGUUCUAAAAUGAUUCACCAUCCAGAAAAAUGUUGUUCCCUCCUGACAACCAUUGGGGUGUUUGUUAAUGCACUGAAAACGUGCUGCCUGCAAUAUUACCUUCUUGGCAGAGAUGUGACAAGCUGGUUAGACCAUGCCAAGACAAAAAAUGGUGGCUCCUACUGUGAGUUCCAUGUGAAAAAUGCAAAAUUUCUCCUCACGCUUCUCCCUCUCUUCACUUUUCAGCUCCUAUACAGAACAUGCAUCAUGCAGAUUCCUUCAGGAUAUUAUCUGCAGACCAUGAAUUCCAACCUUAGUUUGAAUGGAUUUCUUCUGCCAGUUUCAGUAAUGAAUGUGGUCAGCAUUCUACCAUUAUUAAUUCUGGCUCCUUGUAUGGAAUAUUUUUGUGCCUGCCUAUUUCCUUCCAAAAGAGACAUACCAUUUCUGUUGGCAUGCAUAAUUGCUGGAAACAUUUCUGCUGCAUUGUCUGUGAUGAUAGCUGGCUUUUUGGAAAUUCACAGAAAAGACUUUCCUCCAAUGGAGCAAAUUCUUUCAGACAAUGUUCUCAUUGUUUCCUCUAUGCCCUGCUUCCAUCUCAUUCUUCAGUAUGUUUUACUUGGUAUAGCUGAAGCACUGGUAAAUCCAGCCUUGGCUGUUCUAUCAUACAGAUUUGUUCCAAGAAGCAUCAGAAGAACGUCUAUGCUUUUUUUGUCACUGUUCAAUGCAUUUGGUUGUUUCAUGGGGGCAAUGCUGGUGGAAUUGGCAUAUCUCCUCUCAGAAGGCAAUUGGUUCCCAAACAUAUUAAACAAAGGCAAUUUAGAAAGCUUCUUCUUCUUGCUGGCAUCAUUAACGUUGUUGAACGUCCUGGGAUUCUGGUGUAUAUCGCAAAGAUAUUGUAAUCUAAAUCAUUUUCAUGCCCAGGACAUCAGCGGAAGUAAUCUUGAAGAAACACUUCUCCUUCAAGAGAAGUCUCUGAAAUUUUAUGGCAGUAUACAGGAAUUUUCUUCAAGUAUUGAUCCUUGGGAGACAGCCUUAUGA